AUGAAGAAGGGCAAAAAGAAGAAGCCAGAGUCUAAACGCCGUGGCUCCAACUCACGGCGCUGUAGCUCUGAUUCCACCUCAGGGCAGCCCAGCAUGCGCUCUGAGCCCACCCCCCAGCAGCCCUGCUCAGAGUCCACCCCCCAGCAGCCCAUCUCGGGGUCCACCCCACAGCAGCCCAGCGUGGGCUCCGUUGCACAGAGGCCUGUGAUCUGGGCCCUCCCAGCUCCCCAAACCAGCCAGUCAGCUCAGGGCCUGCUGACUCCGAACACUGGCACAAAAACAUCCCAUGGAUCCAAGAAAGCAGGGCCUCCGACUCGCCCCUUCUGUUCCUGUACCACUUGCCCCGGCAGCUCUGCUUGCUGGCGUCGUCUGGGCCUGUGCCACAGCCGCAUCUCCGAUGUCCUUCUGCCUCGGGCCUGGCUGACCGUGUCAGGGAGAGGAUUCCCAAACCUCCUCACCUUCUACAGAGGACCUGCAAGGAAGCACACCAGUCAUCGUAAUUCCCGUGCUCCAGGCUCUCGGGACUGCGGCUGUGGCUCUGGGUGCCCUAGCAACUGCCUACUACGUCAUUGAACUCCUGUGAACAAACCCCAGGCUCACGG